GUCAGACGCGAAGGCCGCCGCGCCGGACCUUGGGACCCGCGGGCUGCAGGGUUCCACUCGGCCAUCCUCUCCCUGCUCGUCCGCUCCCCCGCGGGCCCCGGUUCCCUGGCUCCAGCCACAGAGAAGCCCGCGCAACGACCCCGGACAUAAAAGCCAAGACAUGCCCCAUUCCACAAACAAAGAACUAAUCCUUGGCGUCAUGGUGGGAACUGCUGGAAUCAGCCUGCUGGUCUUAUGGUACCACAAGAUCCUCAAGCCAAGGACAACAAUAAGUGUUCCUAAACUUCUUUCUCUGGGUAAGAAAUUCAAUUCACUAACUUUGCAAGAUGAAAGCCACAGUGAACAAGGAGCAUCCGUGGUCUUUCAAAGGAGGCAACUCCAGAUCCUGGAAAAGUUAAACGAGUUACUGACCAACAUGGAAGAGCUUAAGGAGGAAAUCAAAUUCCUUAAAGAGACAAUUCCAAAGCUGGAGGAAUGUAUACAAGAUGAACUUGGAGGGAAGGUAACAGUUCAUAAGAUCAGUCCUCAGCACAGAGCUAGAAAAAAGAAGGUGACAACAGUUCAACGUUCAGCAACAAGUAAUAGUUCAGAGGAAGCAGAAAGUGAAGGAGGCUGCUGGAAAGAGGAGGACUGGUGCUUCCAACCAAAUUAUGAAGAUUGGCUUACUCCACGACGCAUGUGUCAUGGAUCCUCUCAUGCGUUACAAUCAAAAGUGGCUCUGAAUCUCAUAACAUGUCGUCCUUCUUCAUCAUGUAAGAUAGGUAGAAAAUUCUCUUCCUCAAGUACAGCUACUCGCUUACUUCCAUGUAAAGGAAGACAUACUUUACUGCGGAGAUUCCGAAAGAGUAAACGACAGGAAAGUAGAGUUAACUUUGAUUCUCAGGAAGACGUAACUUCCACAAAAUCUUCAGAUCAGUUUACUUUGAUUAAAUCUCGAAAAUGUUUUUCACCCCGCAAGUUGAGUAUAGUUUCCUGUCACAGGGAUAGCAUUAACUAUGAUGCUCCACCAGGUAGUCUGAACGAAAUUCAAAACUUUUCUAAAAAGUCAACUGGUACUGAUACUCAAAAACGUAUAAGCUUCUCUGAUCCUGAACAUGGCAGUAGAAACUUUCCAAAUCUGGAAACAAACGCCGUUUCUUCAGGCCACUGGAGUAUUGACAGAACGUCUUACCCACCGAGUCUAAUGACAUCUAUCUUUUCUCUUCCAACUGUUAUUUCUUCUUCCAGUCAAGUAAAUGUAUCUGUUGUUGAUAGCCAAGAAUAUGGCCAACUCAAUAAGGAUUCAGAAGAUGCCCUUCAUUACAGGUCUCAGAGUCAGAGCAGAAAUCACUCUCCAGCUGGUUUGGAACAGCGUCUGUCUCAGAAUUUAACUUCUGCCAGCCUCCUCCGUGGUGAACUUUCUUCACUGUACCAAACUGUCAAUAGCUUAACUGUGGAAGUUACCUCAGGCUCCUUUGGAGAAGAAAGCUUUGCUACCCCACCUCUAGAUGAAGAUAUACCUUCACCUAUUGAAAUGGAUGAAAUAAGGUAUAUUACAGCUAACACUGACACAGAAGACCAGAAUUUCCCAGUCCCUAAGGCUCUUAACACACACAUAGAGGAACUAAAGUUGGAUGUCCUCCUUCAGAAGGUAGACCAUUUGCGGAUAAAUGACUCUAACAAGAUGGAGAGUUUUGAGCUACUUUGUGACCACAAAGAGAAGUUUAGUGAAGAAAUAGAGUUUCUGUGGCGACUUGCCCGUGCCUAUGGAGACAUGUAUGACCUAUCUACAAGUACACAAGAAAAGAAGCAUUAUGCUAAUAUUGGAAAAACUUUAGGAGAGAGAGCUAUUACCAGAGCGCCCAUGAAUGGACACUGCCACCUGUGGUAUGCAGUUUUGUGUGGUUAUGUAUCUGAGUUUGAAGGCUUGCAAAACAAAAUUAACUGCGGACAUCUAUUCAAGAAGCAUCUAGAUAUAGCCAUCCAGCUUUUGCCUGAAGAUCCUCUUUUGUAUUACCUCAAGGGAAGAUAUUGUUAUACUGUCUCAAGACUCAGCUGGAUUGAGAAAAAAAUGGCUGCUACUCUGUUUGGGGAAAUACCAUCUUCAACGGUUCAUGAAGCUUUGUGCAACUUCCUUAAGACUGAAGAAUUACAACCUGGUUAUUCUGUGUCCAACUAUAUGUUUACAGCCAAGUGUUAUAUUGAUCUUGGGGAAUCUCAGGAGGCUUGGAAAUUCUGUAACUUGGCGUUGCUACUGCCUACUGUCACCAAAGAGGACAAGGAUGCUCAUAAAGAGGUGAAGAAAAUAAUCGGUUCUUUGAAGAGGUAAAUAAAAGAACUUAUUCUUCAGCAAAUCCAAUGCAGUCUUCUAGAUUAAACAGAUUGUACUUUUAUAAUGUGUUUCUCCUUGAUGUAAAGAUUAUGUAUUCUCAUUUGAUUUGAAGGUCUAACCUUGCCUUCUAAAGCCAGUGCACUAUGAGACAAAUCAUGUUCUUUGGAGACAGUACUUACUCUAAUGUUAGUAUAUAAUGAUCUCUGGACAUGUAUACUUCGUUUUAUUCAUGUCAAUAAACUACAGCCUUUAGAAUGUUUGUGUAACCAAUACUAACUCAGUCUAAUAAAAUGCACCCUAGAGAAUGUUAUUGUUUCAAUAGACUUUAUGAGAUAGUUAAUUCAUGAUGGAAAUGUAAGCAAUGGGCAGAGUUGCUAGAAAAAGAAGAAGAAGAGAAGAAAACACAAAGUAAUCAGAGAAAUGGGAAUAGAACUGCAAUAAACAUACUAUUUCACUAUCGAACUUGGAAGGUUUUUUUUCUUUUCUUAGGAAGUAUUACCAUAAGAUAAAAUGUGUUUAUAUGUUGAUAGUGUGAGGAUGUUUUUGCUACAAUCCUCUGGUUAAAAUAUGUCUAAAGCCUAAAAACAAGAUUAAGUCUAAUCCUGAAAUGUCUCAUAGAAAUAGUCGUAAAGAAAAAGCACAGGGAAUUGAUAUGAAUCUCGACAUUAUACCCAACGAGAAAACAGCCAAUCAUGCUAGAGUUCCACUACAGUAGAAAUAUUUUAAUAUUAAAAAUAAUUAUAUGCUCAACAUGGUGGCACAUUCAUAAAUCCCACCACUUGGAAACAGGAGGUGGUCUGAGCAUGGGUCUUAAGCCAGCCUGGGUUAUAAAACAAGAGCCUGUCUCAAAAACAAUGUAUACACAUGUAUGACAGUACAGUUACGGUAUGAUAUGCUACGCUAAAAUAUGCUAUCAUAUGGGGAAAGCAUGAAGAUUGUUAGUCCUACAUGAACUAAAAAGCAAGACUCUUACAUGUGUGUGUGUGUCUGUGUGUGUGUGUGUGUGUGUGUGUGUAUUAUAGGGAAAUAAUCAUUUGUGAAUAAGACAAAUGGUGUAUAGAUGUAAAGUCAACUGUGUGAAAAUAUGCCAGAAAAGUAUUAGUAGAAAAUAAACUAAAAUAAUGAGA